UAAAGUGACAAAAAAUAUAUAUAUUAAAAACACAAAUAAAAUAAAUAAUUUGCUAAUGGUUACGUCAUUAUAGUGACACCCAAUUUCUCCAUUUAUGGUCGCUCUCAUCUCGCGUUGACAUCAACAAAACUCCCACUCUCUCUCUCUCUCACUUUCUCUAACUCUUUCUCUCUAAUGAAGACGAUGCGAGGUUUACGAGACUGCUCAAACGACGCCGUAACGCUAGACCUGACGGUUCUUCCUCCUCCUCCAGCACCACCAACAGUCUCCUCCUCCACCGCCUCGACGAGCCUUUCGUUCGAUGAAGAGGAGACAUCAGAGUCAAAGAUUGGACGGCUGAUAUCAGAGCAUCCAGUCAUCAUAUUCACUCGAUCUUCCUCAUGUUGCAUGUGCCACGUCAUGAAGAAGCUUCUAUCGACCGUCGGAGUUCACCCAACAGUGAUCGAGAUCGACGGCGGUGAAAUUGCUUACCUCGCCGUUGAAGCCGCUCCGGUGCUUUUCAUCGGUGGUGCUUGUGUCGGUGGCUUCGAGUCACUUGUAGCACUUCACCUAAGUGGUCAGCUUAUUCCUAGACUCGUUGAGGUUGGAGCCUUAUUGGCAUAAUUGUAAUUUUCUGUAUUUUUUUCUUUCUUUCCAAGUUAGCCUAUUUAUAACCUAAUUAAAAAAAAUCUGAUAAAUAAUAUCCAUUGUGAAAAAUUCCAUUAAUUCACUCUUUCUUAGAAACAUAAAAAUGUUUCCUUUUUUUUUGUUAAUCCAGUGCUGGUUGUUUAUUUCAUAUCUUUUGCCAGUUGGUAAGUGUUGUUUAGAUCAUCACGUGUAAGAUUUAUUCCAUCAUAAUUAUAUUAUUUAUUUGUGAAUGA